GUGCAGGCGGGAGGGCUGAGCCGAGCCCGGAGCCGCCAGCGGGGCCAGGGGCUGCGCCGGUGCCCGCGCCCACCGCGGCGGCCAGGGGAGACCCGCCGGGGGAGGGCUUAGAGAGACAGUGCGAGCUCGCCUCUGCGAGGAGCCAGCGCCCUGCCGCAGACAUGGGGAACCGCGGGAUGGAGGAUCUCAUCCCGCUGGUCAACCGGCUGCAGGACGCCUUCGCCGCCAUCGGGCAGAACGCCAACCUCGACCUGCCGCAGAUCGCCGUGGUGGGGGGGCAGAGCGCCGGCAAGAGCUCCGUGCUCGAGAACUUCGUCGGCAGGGACUUUCUGCCACGUGGGUCUGGCAUCGUAACCAGGCGCCCACUGGUCCUGCAGCUGGUCAACUCCACCACAGAAUAUGGCGAGUUCCUACACUGCAAAGGAAAAAAAUUCACUGAUUUUGAGGAGAUCCGUUUGGAGAUUGAGGCUGAAACGGAUCGUGUUACCGGCUCAAACAAAGGGAUUUCCCCUGUGCCCAUCAAUCUUCGAGUCUACUCUCCUCAUGUCCUGAGCCUGACCUUGGUGGAUCUACCGGGUAUGACAAAAGUCCCAGUAGGGGACCAGCCCCCUGACAUCGAGUUUCAGAUCCGAGAUAUGCUGAUGCAGUUUGUCACCAAAGAGAAUUGCCUCAUCCUGGCAGUAUCCCCAGCCAACUCUGAUUUGGCCAAUUCUGAUGCCCUGAAAGUUGCAAAGGAAGUGGAUCCUCAAGGGCAACGCACUAUUGGAGUCAUCACUAAACUGGAUCUUAUGGAUGAAGGAACUGAUGCACGAGAUGUGUUAGAAAAUAAAUUGCUUCCUCUCCGUAGAGGUUACAUCGGUGUAGUCAACAGAAGUCAGAAGGACAUUGAUGGCAAGAAGGACAUUCAGGCAGCUCUGGCUGCAGAGAGGAAGUUUUUUCUCUCCCACCCAGCCUACAGACACAUGGCUGAUCGCAUGGGAACCCCCUACCUGCAGAAAAUAUUGAACCAGCAAUUAACCAACCACAUCCGUGACACCCUGCCAGGGCUGCGGAACAAGCUCCAAAGCCAGCUUCUCUCCAUUGAGAAAGAGGUGGAGGAGUACAAGAACUUUCGUCCUGAUGACCCUGCUCGCAAGACCAAAGCUCUGCUUCAGAUGGUCCAGCAGUUUGCUGUGGACUUUGAGAAACGCAUUGAAGGCUCUGGAGACCAAAUUGAUACCUAUGAGCUGUCAGGAGGAGCUAGGAUUAACCGCAUCUUUCAUGAGCGUUUCCCCUUUGAACUUGUGAAGAUGGAGUUUGAUGAGAAGGAGCUGCGGCGGGAGAUCAGCUAUGCCAUCAAGAACAUCCAUGGUAUCAGAACCGGUCUCUUCACACCCGACAUGGCCUUUGAGACCAUUGUGAAAAAGCAGGUGAAGAAGAUUAAAGAACCUUGCCUGAAAUGCGUGGACAUGGUCAUUUCGGAGUUAAUCAAUACCGUUAGACAGUGCACCAAGAAGCUGAGCCAAUAUCCUCAUCUGCGUGAGGAGAUGGAACGUAUUGUUACUACUCACAUCCGUGAAAGAGAAGGCAGGACCAAAGAUCAGGUCAUGCUUCUAAUAGACAUCGAGCUGGCUUACAUGAACACAAACCAUGAGGAUUUCAUUGGCUUUGCCAAUGCUCAGCAGAGGAGCAGCCAGAUGAGCAAGAAGAAGGCAGCUGGCAACCAGGAUGAGAUCCUGGUCAUCCGAAAGGGCUGGCUCACCAUCAACAACAUUGGCAUCAUGAAGGGUGGCUCCAAGGAGUAUUGGUUUGUCCUGACAGCGGAGAACCUCUCCUGGUACAAGGAUGAUGAGGAGAAAGAGAAGAAGUAUAUGUUACCGGUGGAUAACCUGAAGCUGCGAGAUGUUGAGAAGGGGUUCAUGUCCAGCAAGCACAUCUUUGCUCUCUUCAACACUGAACAGAGGAAUGUUUACAAGGACUACCGGCAGCUGGAGCUGGCCUGUGAGACCCAGGAGGAGGUGGACAGCUGGAAAGCGUCCUUCCUUCGUGCAGGAGUCUACCCAGAGCGUGUUGGGGACAAGGACAAAGCCAGUGAGGCAGAGGAGAAUGGAUCAGACAGUUUCAUGCACUCCAUGGACCCUCAGCUGGAGAGACAAGUGGAAACGAUCAGGAACCUGGUGGAUUCCUACAUGGCAAUUGUCAACAAAACCAUCAGAGACCUCAUGCCGAAGACAAUCAUGCACCUCAUGAUAAACAAUACCAAGGACUUUAUCCAUUCAGAGUUGCUGGCAAAUCUGUACUCCUGUGGUGACCAAAAUACGCUGAUGGAGGAAUCAGCAGAGCAGGCCCAGCGACGUGAUGAAAUGCUGCGCAUGUACCAUGCCCUGAAAGAGGCCCUCAACAUCAUCGGGGACAUCAACACCAGCACUAUCAGCACCCCAAUGCCGCCACCGGUGGACGACUCUUGGCUGCAGGUGCAGAGCGUACCAUCUGGACGCAGGUCUCCUACGUCCAGCCCCACGCCACAGAGGAGAGCUCCUGCGGUUCCGCCCGCCAGACCUGGGUCUCGAGGCCCAGCUCCUGGACCACCUCCUGCUGGUGGGUCCACCCUGGGUGGUGCCCCCCCUGUGCCCUCCAGGCCAGGUGCCUCUCCUGAUCCAUUUGGGCCUCCACCUCAGGUUCCUUCUCGUCCUAAUCGUGCUCCUCCUGGUGUUCCCAGUUGUUCAUAGGCUCCUCUGGAUCCUGAUGCCAGCUUGUCAUUUGAGUUCACUGAUGAAUGGAGAAUUUCCAAUGACAAGGGACUCUUUCUCUUCUUCUUCUGUAUAUAGAAUAAGAAUGUUCCCUGCUAGCACUUGGACUCGGGUCCUUCUGCCAUGGGUGAACGAAUGCCAUCUCCAUCAUUGCUUUUUUUAAUACCCAUCUUUUCCCUUGCUAACUGGGCUACACUAUCGCAUGUGUGUGAGAGGAACAAAGCUCUUGAUGGCAAGAGUGGGCUUUGCUGGAAGAGCUGGUGUUACGUAGUGAACUGGGAGUGCACGGUGGUGGCUGAGUGUACUAUCCAUGUCUAGGCACACCAGUGCCUGUGUAGAAGUCUGGUAGUUUGUUGGUGCUUCUGGUUUGUGUGAGUAUCUGCUUUUAUGGAUGAACUUAGACGUGUUGCUCCACUUUUUUUUUAAUAAACAUGACUGUACAGACAUGUGCUUUCACACAUGAACACCACACGGUCCAUUUUCUUGCACAGGAAGGUUUCCCUGCAUACAAUUAAGUACUCUUAAACCAGAUUUACUUACCAUCCUGCUUCUGUAUAUAGCAUUUAUUCGGUCUACUCUGGAAGCCUGUAUUGCCAAAUACUUAACUUUGGAAGCUGAAAGUUAAAAACAAUGUUAAGGUCCUAUCUGUGUGUGCUGAGGACUGAAUUCAGACUGUAUGUCUGUUGGAGCUGUGCAGGAGGAGUUCCUCUGGCGAGGAAAAGCAUGAAGAUGUUCCUCCAGGUAUUUAGUAUCUGCAGUUUAAAAUAGUUGGAUAAACUGUAAGUGAAAGAGCUUACACAGCUCAGAGAAAGCUUAAGUGAGAAUGACUUCACCAUGGGAAAAAUCUGUUGAAGGCAUUAAGGAGUUCUCCAUCCUUUGGUACAUCUAAGGAAAGAUGCAAGUGGUCACCAUCACUGUAAGCAUUGCUUCAUGCAGCUUUGUCUUUAAUUUAUUCAGGAGGUCAGAAUAGCUGACAUCAUGAUUGUGACCUUCAGAAAACAAGUCUUCACCUGCUUCUUCCCUUUUUGAGUAGUGCUCAGGAUUGCAUGUUAUCUCCCUGUUUCCUGAGCUGUUUGAUUCAAGUCUAGCACUUAAUGUGCUCAGAAGAUAGGAAUCCUCAGCAAGAGACAAGUCAAGCAGCCUGUGCCCAGCCGAGCCCUCGGCUUACUGCUGCUUUGGCAGGCGUGAAUAUCAGCCUGGAUGUGUGUGUGGAUUUGCUGGGUGUGUGCAUAACGACCAGGAGGUGUGUGAAGAGGCAGGACCUCUUUCCAUGCAGCCCUGUGCACAGCAGGGUUCUGGAUGUGUGCGGAGUUGAGGCUGUGAUGGUGUAUGUGAAGUCCUACACGGCUGAGUGCAACCCUGGUGCCGUGCGCUGGAGGGUGUCUGCGCAAGUGCAUGUGUCUGUUCCACCUUCCUGACAGUCUGUGUGGCCUCUGCCUUGAACUGUCUGAACUGCCAUGUUGA